AAAGGAAGGAACAGAGUGAGAAAGGGAUGAAGGGAGAAAAGGGAGGCAAAAAUGAAAGAGCCGAAGUGAAAGAAGAGCGAAAGAGAAGUGAAAAUUUAAACUCUGAUUGUGCAACAAUGAAGUUACGUGACUUUAGAUUUCGCAUUUCUGUAAAAUUGAAGGA